CCGCCCGAAAACGUCAGCGCCCACAUGCUUUAGCACACAUAGUUAGGUUAGCACAUAACCGCAGCAUAGAGCUCGAUCCUGCAAUCCGAGGCAACCUCUCCAUUCGCUACACCGCAGCGAACCAUCAAACAAGCAAACGCACCACGACCAGCCCUCGCCCGAACAACAGAAAAGGAAGAUGCGCAUCUCACUCACCGCGCUCCUGAGCGCCGGCGCCCUGCUGCCGGCCCCCUCCCACUGCCUGGCCGAGACGACCAUCACGCUCUCGGUGCCGGCCUCGCAGCUCCUUCCCAACCCGGCGGCGCUGCCCCCCUCGACGCACGCGACGCUGACGACGCUGGGCCAGACGUACGCGGCGCCCCUGAGCGCGGCCAACACCUUCGUGUUCCGCAACGUGACGCGCGGGUCGUACCUGGCCGACGUGCACUGCGCCUCGUGGGGGUUCGCGCCCCUGCGCGUCGACGUGCUCGAGGCCGGCGAGGACGUCCCCUCCGCCGCCGCCGUCGUGGGGGAGCCGGUCGGGCCGGGAGCCGCCGCCGCCGUCGUCGUCCGGGCUUGGGAGACGUAUCGUGGCAAUGAGUGGGACAACAGGGGCGAGGAGGCCGUGAGGCUGGGUGGCGAUGGGUUCGCGGUCAAGUGUCUCGGCAAGAAGGUCUUCUUUCAGGAGAGGAGCAAGUUUUCGAUCCUGACGAUCCUCAAGAACCCCAUGAUUCUCUUGGGACUGGUGAGCUUGGGCAUCUUUAUCGGCAUGCCGAAAUUGGUUGAGAAUAUGGACCCCGAGAUGCGAGCCGAGUGGGAGGAGCAGCAGAAGAGCAACCCAAUGAGCAGCAUCAUGGGCGGUGGUAAGCCGGGCGCCAGUCCCAUGGGCAACUUCGACAUGGCUGCCUUCAUGGCUGGUUCGGACAAGAAGAGCACUGGCGAGGAGAGCUCCGGCAAUGGAGGCAAGAAGGGCGGUAAGAAGUAGAAUCGCACAGCGCCAAUGGCAUAUCCAUGCGGCGGCACAUACCACGUGGUCCGUUUCUCAUAGAAGCGCCGCCUUGCUUGGUCACUGGUAUGGAAUACUGCAUAUUCAAUAUUGCACUCGUU